AAAGCGUUCGUCAUCAAUUUUUUGUUUCUGGCGAGCUGUUUCUUAUAUUUUUUCUCUCCCACUCCCUCCAGCCCUAGCGCUGGUAUUCUCCAUUUCCCGACGACCCCUAAAGUCCAACCCUGAAGAUCGCCGGAAUUGCCGAAUCGUGCACGCGCCCGACAUGUUUCGCCUCGACCGUCGCCAGUUUUGACCUUUGACAGGCAGCAGCAGCAGAAGACGGUGCGCAUAGCUCGCCCACGAAUCAUACCAACUACCAUCGCACUGCAUUUCGAAAUCGCACACGCACCUACCUUACCUACCUUCAUGCUACGGUCUGCCUCAAUGCACAACUAAACAUUUGCCCGCUAAACUAGUGGCGCCUUUCGUACAGUCCGCCGUUAAACAAUGUCGCUUUUUGGCUCCAAGCGGCGGCGCCCUCCCAACUCGCAGCAACCAUUGACAUCCAGCACAGCGCAUUCAGAUGCCGCGACCGCUGCAUUGUCGGCAUUCUCAUCUCUUCACCAGCGCCAGUCCUCACCGUCGCUGUCCGAAGCCGCUGCAGCUGCCGCCCUGAAAGCUCGACCGCACACCCCGACCGAUGUCUCCAGCGUGGUUCCCCGGCGACGAAGUCGUCGCGCCGGGUCGGCAAACUCGUCUCACGGUACGGCGAGUCCACAUCCAUCGCUGCGUCGCUCUUUGAGCUCGGGUUCUAUGGGCGAGCGCACCUUUAGAUCUCCCAGCCCUCAUGGCCGUCAGCCACAGGGCUCUCCGGGAACAAAUGGCAACGGAGUGGCGCACGUGGCCGACUACGAUAGCGCCCCUCCGGUACCCUCGAUCCCUGAAAGCGUCCAAGCGCUCCCACCAUCUAGAGACCAGAAGCAACAUCAGAGAUCUGGGAGUGGGCGCGCUUCUGCCCCGCCUGUCCGCGUCGCGUCACAGAAACUAAAAGAGGGGGGCCAGGGAACUUGGUUCGGAGGCCCUGCUGUCGGAGACCUCGACAACAUACGGACUUCAGAUUCGGUCGUGUCAUCCAACCCGACCCCUCACUUGCAAGAUCCCAUCACGAGACCAGAAAGUCGAGCAUCAGUAAACUUCUCCUAUCCGGCACGCCAACGUGUUGGAUCACCCCCGGCCACACCUUUAGCCGAGGAAACGCCUAUGGCAUUUCAGCAGCGGCAGCGUACAAUUGCUUCAGAUACCGAUUACGAUGGCCCUGUUCGAACAAGGAGUAAACGCACCUCCGCUACCAUAUCUCCGCCUCCAAGGCAGUCCACCCCAAGGCAGCGCCCCUCGUCAAUGCCGGAUGCCCAAGAACUUGUAUACGACCCCAACUCGCGUCGGAUGGUAUCCAGGGCAGAACUUCAGGCACUCGAGCAGAUACUAAACGGCGUAGAGCCCAGGCAGGCGCCAAAACAGAAAAGACCGACGAGGGCAGGGAGUCAUCUGGCGAAGGGAACAUUAGGGAGAACCCAGGGAUCCGCGGUACCCGCCACAAGGGUGGCAACGGCUGCUGCAAGUUACUCAAGUGCAUCUAGAUCUUCGGCCGCGGAUCAGACUGCUACUCGGUUGUCAAACCCAACUCACGCCCCUGCUCCGAUACCACAGACAUCGACAGGUCAGCUUGAGGAAAUCGAGAAUGUCAGGGAUGGAACAGCGGAAGCCAAGCCGCGCUCAAGACACUACGUCCAACAUGGUCAAGACCAUGCUACCAAACCAGCAGAACCUAGACCGGAAGUUCAAACCAACAAAAAGCCGAGUUCGCCUCCUCCAGAUUUGGAGCCCCAAUCACAGGAACGCAUGCGGAGUCCUUCAGCAGCCCAGCGUGCUGUCCAAGCAGAGGCCCCGAAGCAGGCCCAGCCGGAGCCUUCGCGUGCUACUUCAAAUGUUCUUGACUCUGUCACCUCGAGACAGCACGUCUAUACACGACCUGAACGGGCAGCCCCUGUGUCAGCAGUCGACGAGCCUCAACACACAUCCAAAACGUCCCCAACGCCACGAGAACCAUCUGCAGAAAGGGCGAAUGGUGGUCAGACAGGUGAGGAUAAGUUCGUUGCAAGGGAUUCAGACACUGCAUAUGCCGAGAACUUGAGGAGUCUCUCCACAAGCCCGGUGCGGGUUGCCCACUUUGGGCCGGUUCAGAGAAAUCUCUCAGUCAGGCAUUCACCACCUCCCCGCUCAAUCAGCCCCAGGAAAUCUGCUUUGAAGCAGUACAGCUCCCCCAGGAACGGCUCCCCAAGAGGUGCGUCUUCGGCCGAUGAUGCAUCCGAGGCUGGCGCUGCAAACAUGCCGAGCGAUUCUUUAGUCCAAAGAAAGAAGUCUGCUAGGGUCAGCUUCGAUGAUCGGGACUUGGUUCUGGAUGAUAGCGAGUCAUCAGAUGCAGCAACUCCGCAAGCUGAAUUGCCCAAGGAAACCAAGACAAGCCCGGCAAACAACCGACGGAAGUGGUUUAGCAAUAUUGGCAGGAGCAAGAAGAAGGAUGAUGCAAGCAUUGACGAUGACGAGGUCAUGAAGCCUCGGCCGGCGCUCCCGUCGUUCGGUAGCGUAAGGGCCGAAAAGAAGAAGCACGUCGAAGAGGUCGAAAGACCGCUGGUCACGCCGUCCGAGUCUGCUUACUCCCCAUCCUUACCUGACUCGCCGUCUAUGCAAUCACUUUCAAGCCCUGUAAACGAUCAGCGUGGCGAUAUGGCACUGGGCCAGUCUACAGACCGCGCUAUCGCAUCAGUCAUUGCCUCGGAUUACGCAUCGAGGUUUCCAGCCAACACGUCAAGAUACAGGGAGCCUCUCCCACCUGUGGUGACCUCUAGAGAGGGCGGAUAUCUUUCCAUGUCUAGUGAUAGCAGUUCUGAGAGUGACCUGGACUCACUCAGAGAUACCCCUACGCUAUCGACGCAACACAGCAAUGCUACUUCGGUGCCCGAUGUCGAGUCGGAGCUCAUGCCAACCAAGCUGGCCACCGUGCCGGAGGCUUCUGGCGACAUGUCUAGCUCUCCCUCGAUUCACGUACAGAACGCGUCGCAGCCAAGUGCGGGCACCAGAGUUAAAUCUAACAACUCAAGCCCGAUUCCAUCCAUCUCCGUCACAGAAGCAAGCCCGAACCCCGCUCAAGAGCAACGAAUCGCCGAAGAAAAGUUCGACCUGCCAGGUGGAUUCCCAGAUGAGGACUCUGACGACACAGUUCAGGGACAGGCUGAGCCUGCGACAGGCGAUAGAAUCAAGGGCAAGGUCAGCGAGCCGAUCACAAGACAGACAAUAACGGAGCCUGUGGUUCAGACUUUGGACUCGGCCAAAACCGAUCAUACACCAGCGACGGUCGCAGCCACGACCACGGCCGUCCAGGAUGACUCUGACAGCGAGGGGACAAGCAUUUACAGCGACGCAUACGAGGACCUGUCUGACAUUGACGAGACUGGCUUUCAGUCGCUUGAUGCUGUAGUAGAGGGCCCAGUGACAGUUGGGGUAGGCAAAAGUUCUAAUCCAUCCAAAGAGGUUUCUUCAAAGCCAUCUGUCGAAAAGAGCGACGUACCCGAAGAGGGCAACGCAUCAGGACCUGCCAUUUCUCCUCCCGUGGAUGACUGGGAAGCUGCCAAGGCCUACUGGAGGAGCCUCACGGCUGAUAAAAGAGCGCAGCUGGAGAGAGAGGCCAAUGAAGAGGCCGGUGCCGAUGCCGAUCUGGAGCAGGAGGCCCGAGAUGAGCAGAGGAAGCCACGGCGCAAAAAGUCUGUAGAGAAGAGGCAGGCUGAAAAGCAGGCAAUAUUGGAGGCACAGAGGGAUCCCGAGAGAACAUAUAUGAUCAAGCCUGGGACCAAAGCUCCGGAUGAGAUUGCCCUUCCGAGCAACUCAGUCUUGAGAAAGAGUAUGCGUCAGAAAGCCCUAGAGGAGGCGGCCCCAGCUUCUACGGCUAUGAACGGUCGGCUCAGAAAGUCGAUGCGUACCACUGCUCAGCAACCAGAGCCUGCUGUGCAAGCCCCCGUUCAGAAGACAAAGCUAUCGCGUGCUCCCGCUCCAUCGCCUUUGACAACGACCCAGGCCGCUGCUGGAGCGGCGCACCGAGCCCACCAGCCAGCGAGCCCAACUGCCGCAUCCCCUCCGCACCGUAGCGGAACUAUGACGAGUUUCUUCCCGCCAGUGCUCAAGCGACGUGGCUCAACUUCGAGCGAGAGCAGUUUCAGACGAAGCACAACGAGGAAAGCCACGAACGGGUCUUCGAAUGGCGAGCCUGGCGGCUUCUCUCUUCGAAGGACAAUGCGUGGAUCAUCGGCAGCAGAGCAAACAGAGAGCCCCUCCACCAACCAACGUUUCUCAAUGAGAAGCUUCUCCCCUCCAGGUGACUCGACGCGUGGCUCAAACAAAGCCCCUCCGCCGCCUAUCAGUAUGAACGGCUCACGGAUGAGGUCAUCGCUGCGUGACGGCGGCAGCAAGUCGAAACUAGGUGGCAAUUCUGGGGGUGGAAGCAGCAUCAAUCUUUCGUCAUUUGGGCUCAAAUCAAAGACAAAGAAUAGGGGUUCUGGGUCAAGGUUUGGUGACUCGAGCGACGAUGACGAUGCUGGAGGUGGGGGUUUCCGUAGCCGGUUUGAGGAUUCGAGCGAUGAUGAGAUCGCUGAUGUGGCGCCGAAACCCCUGACAGGGCUGGGUGCCAAAACCAUGCGCACUGGCAAACCUAACGUUGCUGCUUCCCGCGCAUCGGUUCGACCUAAACCAGUGCAGGAAGAAUCGCCGGAUCUACCAGACAGCAGUGAUGAUGAGUUGACAGGUCGUGGGGCUGAAACCACGGUCUCCCGGGCUGGUUCGACUGCUGUCGCCCGUCCCACGCGACAGGCGUCCACCCUCGGGGGGUCGCAGCUUCGACGUUCAGGAUCAGGCCGCGGCUCUCUUGGUAGUGCGCCGGCCCUUGGCACUUCGCUCAUGAGGAAUGGGAGCGGAAGCGGCGGUGGCAGCGGAAACGGAACUCCAUUGAACUCGCCGCCACGCAGCCCGACGAGCCGACGGGGCAGCUUUAUGGCCGCUGUGCUCGGCCGCAGGAAAAAUUCUGCGCCGUCGUCGCCGAUUCAGAAAGGGGAGCUGAUGGACAGUGCGGCCCGGCGGGAUACGGCACUGGAAAGGAGCCCGGCACAGUUGGCCGCAAUGCGCGGUAGUUCGGGCCCAAAGCUGCAAAGGCGGACAACAGCGCCCAUGGAACGCGAGGCCGAUGAGUGGCCACUAGCUACCCCCAGUCCAAACGAGGAUCAACAGAGUGGGCCCCGAAAGCUUGAGCGGCCGUCGUCCGCAGGAAACCUCCUGACCGGUACGCGUAGGCCAGGGAUACUCAAGAACUCGCGGCGCAGUAUGUCGAAUGGGGACACGGUUGUCGGUUCUGUCGCUGGUGGCGACGGCGGGGUUGUUGUUGUACAUGGCGAUAACACGGACGAGGUCGUUCCAGCUGUCGGAGGCGAGAAAAUCCCACUCAAAACCAAGAAGAAGAAGUUUGGAACGCUGAGGAGGAUGUUCCGUCUGGACGAUUAGGGUCGUCGGCAGGAACAUGAGAUGUGUGGGGAGUGGGUUGAUGUUGAAGCGGACCUAAGCGGUGGUGUGGAUAAUUCUCAUGGGCAUAUGCCGUCGCUGGCGUGCGUCAUGGCGGUCUUCCGGAAGCGCGAGCGGAGGGGCCUUUGUAAUACGAAUUGAUGGGGGGAGCACGCAAAGACAGGUCGGGGUUGCGGAACGGAGAAAAUUUCUUGGUAUAAUCAUGAUGACGGAUGGGACCUUGUUGUCCCGUGUCUUUUGCUUUGUUUUCCUUUGUGUUUGUCUCUUUGGGAUAGCUCACCAUCCAGACGAUGGACCUCUAGACGUUGUGUUUUCUCUUUUGUAUACUCGAUGAAAAGAGCGGAAAGAUGGGUUUGGGAACUGGGCGCUUGGAGCGUGGUCGUUGGGUAUCGGCAUUGAACAAGCUUACACUAACUUAACUACCUACCUUAUUUAUAUUAAUCGCAAUACCCGGCUUUCUUCUCUUGAACUUGCAAAG